AUGGCGCCAACAGAUGUUCCUUCAGCAGAAGAGCAGCUCAUCUGCGAACCUCAAGGCGGGGCGCCCAACACCCCACCCGAUUUACGCUUUCUACACUAUAACGAUGUGUACCACGUCGAAGCUGGAUCACGGGAGCCAGUGGGUGGCUAUGCAAGGUUUCAAACUCUUGUAAAUUACUACAGAGACGAUGCGAGGUUUCAAGACCAGACAAAACUCCUCACUUUCUUUUCUGGUGACGCGUUCAACCCCAGUAUUGAGAGCAGUAUAACGAAGGGAAGCCACAUGGUCCCCGUGCUGAACAACAUUGGCACCGACGUCUCUUGCGUUGGACCAAGCCAGAACCAUGACCUCGACUUUGGUGUACGACAAUAUCGAUACCUCACGGGAAAGUGCAAGUUCCCGUGGCUUCUUGCGAACGUUCUCGAUCCCGCGCUCGGCGACGGCGUGCCGCUUGGAAAUGCGAAGAAGACGAUUAUGCUUACUGCAUCGAACGGGCUCAAAGUCGGCGUCAUCGGGCUCGCUGAGCGAGAGUGGCUGGACACAAUCAACGCUCUGCCGCCGGAUAUCAUCUACCAGAGUGCUUCAGCAACGGCCAAGGAGCUCAUACCCGGGUUGAAGGAGCAGGGCGCGGACAUCAUCGUCUGUGUGUCGCAUCAGAGGGAGCCUAAUGACAACAAGCUGGCAACACAAGUGGGCGGCGAUUACAUUGACAUCAUUCUUGGUGGACAUGAUCACUACUACUCCUAUAGCUUGAUCAAUGGCACGCAGGUAUUACGGUCCGGCACCGAUUUCAAACAACUCUCACACAUUGAGGCAUGGAAGAAAUCAGAAGGCAAAGGCUGGGAUUUCAGGAUCGUUAGACGCGAUGUUGUUGGCAGUAUACCACAGGAUCCACGAGCCAUGGCCUUGGUGGAGGAACAGACACGGGAGAUUAGGAAGCGGUUGGAUAAGCCUGUUGGAUACACUGCCGCACCACUCGACGCCAGAUUCACCACUGUCCGAACCAAGGAAUCAAACAUUGGCAAUUUUGUAUGCGAUCUAAUGAGAUACUACUACUCGGCCGACUGUUGCAUCAUGGCUGCGGGAACGAUACGCGGUGAUCAGAUCUACCCGCCAGGAUUGCUGAAGCUCAAGGACAUUGUCAACUGUUUCCCUUUUGAAGACCCUGUAGUGGUAUUGAAGGUCACUGGCAAGGCCAUUCGGGAAGCGCUGGAGAAUGGUGUGAGCAACUAUCCUGCACUAGAGGGACGGUUCCCCCAGGUCUCCAACAUCACAUUCGAGGUCGACUACUCCAAACCGCCCAUGCAGAGGAUCCAGAACGUCACGGUGGGAACCGAGCCAUUAGAUGACAACCUGGAGUUUGUACUGGCCACCCGCGGAUACAUGGGUCGGGGAAAAGACGGCUACACCUCGCUCCUCAUCGAAGAAGAAGGUGGCGUAGCAAAAGAAAUCGUCUCGGAAGAAAACGGCGUCCUCAUCUCCACCAUACUCCGCCAAUACUUCAUGUCCCUCAAAGUCCUCGGCAAAUGGAAGCGAUGGGGCGCAUCCAUGAACAACAAAUUCGUCUCCAUCCAAACCAGCCUCCAGAAAAACCACCAACACACCUUCCAUGAACCAUCUCCCACCUCUCCCACCUCGGGUCGUGCCCUCCCCCCACAACACCCCACCCUCGCCAAUGUUGUCCUCAUGCAUAAGCGAGACGCAAGCGCCCACGCAAGUGAGAGCGAGGACCCAGAUGUCGAUGAAGACGAAGACGAUGGGCCCAUGCUGGACUCUCGAGUCCCGAUUCAGUUCAACGAGCGCGAGUUGGAAGUCAUACGGCGCGUCAUGAGGAAGUGGUGGCGUGUGGCUGGGCUCAAGGGUGCGUCAAAUCCGUGUGAUGAGCUUGGCGGCGGCGAGUUCCAGGUCAACUGGACAAAGGCUAUCGCCCCGCGGUUGGAGGGUAGGAUUAGGGAGGUUGGAAUGGGUGCCAAGGCGUGA